CCAUAUUGCCUAAAGGUGGAGUUAGAAAGCGGAUGUGGUGUGACAAAAGUUGUCAUCUCGUAGAGUUUACUUGAAGCAAAGUGGAAUAGUGUUCGCAACAAAAUGAUCAUUGAUAUUCAACUAUGUGGCUACAUUUUAGGAGUUGAAAGUGAAACUGCAUCGAAUCAGUGAAUUUAGGCAAUAGGUUAGUGGGUGAGGUGGGAGUAGCAACAUGCCGUUCCCACCCCCUCCACCACCACCUGGACCACCUCCACCACCUGUUUUUGGAGGCGGAACACCAAAACUUGCUGGUGAUGAAAGUAGGAAUCAACUGCUGCAGUCAAUUCGGAAGGGCACAACUCUAAAAAAAACUGUUACCUGUGAUCGAAGUGCUCCAAUAAUCUCAGGGAAAGUCAAAGGUUCAGACAGCAGUAGCAUUAAUGGAAGCACUAACUUCAGCAGCAGUAGCAGCACUAGAUUCAACAGCAGCAGCACAGAUUUCCCAAAAAACAAUGGCCUUGGUGGUCUUUUCAAGGGAGAAAUGCCGAAACUGCGACCAACUGGGAGACUAGGAGACACAGGCAGUGCAUUACAAAACAUGACUCAGUCAAGACAUUCUCCACCUGCCAGCAAUGCUAGACAGGAUUCCGACAGGCGUCCAUAUCCUUAUGACAUUAAAAACAGGGGUCCACCGCCACAACCUCCACCUCCAUCUCAGAAGCCAUCAAUGCCAACAAGUGCAUCGGACUCCGUAUUGCAGACGGGAUCAGGCCGCUUUAACACAGGUGUACAGUCCUCAGGAAAUGGACCACCGUCUUUACCCAGCAAGCCUCCUGUUGGAAGCUAUGGAAAACCCAAUGUUGCUCCAAAACCUCCAUCUGCCAGUUCUCCUGGAAAGCCCUCUCCUCCUCCAAAGAAACUUGUGAUGAAUGGUGGUAGACCAUCAGUGACACGUGCUCAAAGCAUGAGGGUGCCUCGUUCUCCACCGGUAGCCCCUCCAUUACCUGUAUUCCCCCCUGCUGGUAAAGAAUUGACAAGCUAUCAGAAAGGGACAAUGGUUCCACCCGCUUUUCACCAAUCGCAGGACUCAUUACAUCGAUAUCGUACAAACCCUCCUCCACCUCCACGCACUGCUACUCUACCGUCUAAUCUCAGUGGACAUAGUAUGAAGUCAGUUGCCCCUCUGCCCCCUCCAUCAACUCCUCCACCCCCUGCCCCCACUGUCCGUCCGCCAAGGCCACCACAAACUCGACCUCCUCCACCACCAUCACGGAUGGGUGCGCCGCAGUGCCCUCCCCCUCCUCCUCCCACGACAGCGCCACCUCCACCACCACACAGAACGACUCCUGCUCCUCCACCUCCAUCAUCACAAGCCAGGCAGGCUCCUUCAAUUCCAUGUUCAGCUCCACCCCCACCACCAGUUAGAAAUUCGUCAAUGAGGAAUGGUAAUUCUCCAGUUUGUGGUGACAUAGAAACAAGAUUUGCUGACCAUUUUCAUGCUGUGCAUGAAUUUCCACCACCUCCACCAUUUAGGAAUGUUCCAAAAAUAUACAAUAGCAAAAAUGUGUUGAAGCAGCAAGCUUCGUUUUCAGCAAAGCAGCAAGCACCACUACCACCCAUGUUGCAGAUUGGCAAUAAAAUGUGGGCAAAUGAUAGUUCCACAUGUUAAUCUUGACUAGAGGUAACAGUAUUGAAUGAGGCAGCAGCAUCAUGGUCUCUUUCAGAAGGGAUUCUUUGGAAGUGCUGUUUGCUGCUUUCCUUUUUCUAAAAGUCAGAAGCUGGUGUGAUUAUACUUCCAUGGUGCUUUAAUCCCAGGAGACUGCAAACUUUGAAGAAUGUUAUAAUUAUGUUUUGUGUUUUUUUCUGGCUGUGGUUAAACUGCAUUCGUUAUUAAUGCCAUUGAGAGCAAGCACAAAAGUAUGUUUAAAUGUGACCUCAUUUUGGCUCAUCCUGUAUAGUGGCUAUGUGUUAACUGAAAGACUGACUGUUGUUUCUCCCUGUAUCAAAGUAUAUAUACAUAUAUAUAAAUAGCAAAGCAGUUGUUCACUGUUUAGUGCUUUGGUUUAAUACGUAGUGAGAAUAUAGCAGUUUGCUGUUUAUUAAAUUGAAACUCUAUAUUUUAAAAUGACAGAUGACUAUACGUGAUUCUUAGUAGAACAGCAUUGUUGUCGUCUACUCAAAAAUGCUGAACAAGUUUUGGAAAAAAGAGUUUGGAUUAACUUUUAAUUGUGUACUUUACUAUUAGUUAACAGUAAUUGCUGUUUUUCAAAAGAAGAAAUGUUGAAGUAUACUUUAUAGUAUUGUUGUAAUUGUUUAUUAACUUAUUUUUUUUCAAGUGUAAAAUAUGUUUGUGCCUUUUGGUCCACAUAUUUACCUGCAAUCUGCUGCAGUUUAAGCAGCCAGCUGUGGUGUACAGUGCUUUAAAGUUGUUGAAGUUGGUCUGAUAUCUCUUUCAAAAUGUAUUAAUUUUUUUUAGUUCACUUGAACUGUAUAAUCUGAUAAAGCCACUAUAUUUGCAUAUAAAUUGCCCACUAGAGUAUUUGAAAAAUUACUAUUUCUUUUAAGAAACAAAUAUUCUGUGCUUAUGUUACAGAUUGCACGUCUUUGAGUCUAUGCAGUGUUAUAUAUGUUGAAAUUAAUAAAAGCAGUAUAGGUGAAUGUCAUCAUAUGUACUUCCACCAGUAAAACAUGUGCAUACUUCAGGAGGUGAUAUUUUACAGAGAAAGUUGGUGAUUACAAAUUAAUAUGUGUUACACCUGGUAUUCUUAUGACACAAACUCUCUGAAGUUUCGCUGUAUUUUAUAAGAUUGACAAAGAUGGCCUGCAUCUUGGUCACAUACACAUGCUGCAUUGAAGUUUUAGGCACAGCCUUCACUGACAAAUAAUCCUUGUCAAUAAAAUGAGUAGUAAUUUGCAUUCAAAGUGAAACUGAAAAAGAAGAGGGUGGGGGUGGGUUGAAAAUGCAUUAUAAUAACUUCCAAGUUAGUGAAAUCAGUACGUGUUCUGAAAAAAAUCAAUAAAAAUUUUCUUGCAAUUUUCUAGUCAUAUUCUACUGUCAGUUGAUAACAGCAUUUUGAAUUUGUCAGUUGCCUAAUAAAAACUUUUUGGUGGUGUUUUUUGUAUGGGAUCCUGUUUAACAGAGAGAAAGACAGGUGUGAAGAUGCUAGUGGGUAAAAAAUGUAAUGAUUGUAUGGUGUUAUUGGCCAGGAGAUCCAGGCUGGAAUUGCUCGGCCACCUGGUGCGCUAAUGGGUUGAAUGUAAAAUCUUUACAUCACAUGCAUUGAAGUCUUGUGUAUCUGACUGGGCAAUUCAUGUCCAUAGGAUGGAGAAAAAAAUGGUGGGAAAUUUGUCUUAAGUUCUUUUUUACAAUUUUUAUUCAUUGCAGAUAAUAUUAUUUAUAGAUUGUUGCCUAAAUGGAGAGCUUUCUCUUGUCAUCGUAUGAAAGUAAUACCAUAUCUCUCUCUCUCUCUCUCUCUCUCUCUCUCUCUCUCUCUCUCUCUCACACACACACACACACACACACACACACACACACACACACACAAUUAACCCACUAAUUAUAGUGUAAAGUCUCAUGAGGAGUUUGGUGACAAGAGCAAUCAAAGUGGGCCUGAAGAGAAGAAAAAAUAAGAUGCUGCAAGAGUGAGAAUAUCUAUUGAAAUGAUGAUUGUUUCCAAAACAGUAUUGAUAACAUACAAGUACUAUCAGUUUUUUUGCUGCCGUCUUUGUUGAAUUAUCUGUUCCUCUUGAGAUUGUUUGAAUAGUUCCUCUGUCUUUUCAGAACUUUGUUUAUGGCAGAUGAUAAACUAUGUACCAAAUGUGUUGUUUUAUUAUUGACAGCACUUCCAUUUGAUAUUUUUAAGGGAUGGUGGAUUAUAAGAUGGUUUGCUUUGGUGAUGGCUUGUUUCCUUUGUAGUAUUCCUUUUUGUAUUUGUGUUGCAGUUUUUGAGUUUACUUCCCUUGCACAACUGGGAAUUACCGUAACUGUACUGUUUCAUUCAUAUCUUGUAACAGUGAACUAUGCAUUAAUUAUUUGGUGUCAGAAAUAAUUAUUUGCUGUCACUAAAUUUAUCUGAGCAGUUUCAUGUAUGAUGCUCCCUUACAGUUUAACAAUUUCAAGCAAUUUAAGAAAAGCACAAAGAAACAGAACUGAAAUUGUUUUUCAAAGACCAUAUCUCAGAUAUAUAUUUUAAAUGGAUAGAACAGAGUGCAAAAACUUUGGCAGCUGAAGAUAACAUGUGGGUCACAGACAAAAGUAGUUUGUUCCAGCAACCAAUUAGCUCCCCCUAAUCAAAGUGCAGCUUGCUCCUGAUGUUCGGUAUUUGUUAAGGCUCUCCAUCCCCUCCCUAAAUUUACACAUUCCUGAUGUCAUGUUGUAACUAUAAUGAAUGUUGCUUUAGCCUCACAAUUACAAUGUCGCCAAUAUUGUCGAAACUGCUAUUAUCUUCUGACAUUCUUUGCAGUAGCAAUUGAGUACCUAAAUCAAGGUGAAUAAUUUAGUAUCAUUCUCAGCUUAGCCUCUGACCAGUUGUGGAAUUGGUUCAACCUUAACAAUGAAGAAUGCACUUCACACUAUUAUUAAUAGUGAAUUGUUUGGAUUUCCUUUUUCCUAACUUAUUUUCCCUUUGUCUCCUUUGCGUAACACAAUUUUGCACUCCACUUGUUGGUAGACAUCAGAUGAAGAUAUGUCCUAUUUUGGUCAUUGUAUUUGCUGUAGUAUCUGCAGCUGUGACUUCCUAUAAUGAGGACAAGGAAGGUAAAUUCACAAAUUACUUGCAACACAUAUUUGAAUAACUGCAGUAUUGUGACAUAUUUUCUAGUGUCAUCAGACUUGUAUAGGACAUCAGCACAUCAUAUCGCUUUUUAUUCAUUCAAUUUUAAAUUAAAAUGUAAAAUACCACUGAGGAAAGAAACCAAGUCCAAAGUAGUGACUGGAUAUCUGGCCUUAUAAAAAAGUUGAGGAAUAAUGUGGACCAUUAGGAACACAGAAAUUUGUUUUCUGAAUUACCAACUUGUAUGGAUUUCAAUAGAAAUAAUUGCAUAACGCACUUUGUAUCUUCCAGCUACUGUUGUCCUGUAAGUUAUUAAUGUAAUGACAACCAGGCUGUCACUGUUAACCUAGUCACUAUAUUUUGGCAGUGACUAAUUUUAAUGGAAGGAUAUUAGACCUUAUGUUAAUAACCCAAUACCAGUGCCUAAAGUGCACAGAACUAUGUAUUAUAAAAGUCUUGUAAAUAAUUGUAUAAAGAAACAGAAAUGCAAAUGCAACUUAUUGUAUGUGUUUAAAAAUAAAAUUAUUUUUAUCCUCUAAA